AUGAAUAUUGGAUCAGCUACUGUUAAUAUUGUCCGGAUUUUGAUCCCAAGUCGUACAGAAAGGCUUGUGAAAGCUUGUGAGCUGGUUCGGUUUUUGUGGUGGGCUGGACCCAGAGCCGGCUGUGAGAUUUUGGAUGUCCUGUCAUUGUCGAGCAUGUCUAAGAUUUUGGAAAUUUUGCUUUCAUCGGCGUUUACCACCACUGGUUUGAUGUCUGGCCUAUGUCGUCUUCUUCCAAGCCGGACAGUCCCCGACCCAAAAGAAGAAUGCUACACAAAAAGCAAAGUUUUCAAAAGUUUGAAGAAAAAUAAGAGAGCCCUGCUUGAUUUCGCAAUGGAAAAUUUUGAGGUUGUUGCUUUUCUCUUCUUGUUUAUGUGUGCUGAAGCUCAAAAUUCGUCCAAUCAUCAUGAUGUGAAUCCACUUUAUCCAAGGAUGGCAGCGGUUCUUAUUGUUCUGCUUCUUAUGUUCGGCAUAACGUUUCUCAUUGUGGCUUACGCGAAGUUCUGUCACAGACCGGUGUCCUAUUAUCAGUCGAAUGAUGACCAAGAUCCUCGUUUGCUUCUUGCAUCAAGAUCCCGGUUUUCUGGUAUUGAUCCAUUAGUAAUUGAGUCGCUUCCAUUUUUCAGGUUUUCAUCCCUCAAGGGCUCAAAAGAAGGCCUAGAAUGUGCAGUGUGUUUAUCAAGAUUUGAGGAGACUGAAGUUCUUCGAUUGUUGCCAAAGUGCAAGCAUGCAUUCCACAUGAAUUGCAUUGAUAAGUGGCUCGAAAAUCACUCAAGCUGCCCCAUUUGCAGGUACAAGUUUGAUGUGGGAGACUUGAGUAGUUUGACGUAUACGAACAGCUCUAGGUACCCCAGGAAUUCGUGCAAUCUGACAGAAGAACCGAAUCUCGAGCUUUUUGUUCAAAGAGAGGAAGAUCGAAAUAGGUCAUCGAGAUUCAAUAUGGUAAACAAGUUCCAAACUGUCACGAGGUGGAAGGAAGACGACGUUUUGCUUCCAAAAGAUAGCAAUAGUGAAAGGGAAACCUUGCACAAAUUUAAGCACGAGAUUUUAGUUUCUGAUGUAAUUUGUAAAAGCAGGUGGAGUGAUGUCAACACUUCAGACCUGAUGUUUCUGAAUUCCGAGAUGCUUAAUGUUAUGUCAAGCAAACGAUUCAAGCCAUUCGAGUCAAACAGUGGAAGAUUCACUAAUGAACUUUCAGCCAAGAGACAAGUUUUGAAGAUUAAGGAAGAUAUGGAAAGAAAAAGAUUGUACCAUUCUAAGGUUAUUGCAACUGCCACUUCAAGCUCUCCUUGUACUGACAACAUAGAUUUAGACGAAAAGACGACGACAAGAUCAUUGGAUCCAGGUGAGAAGAGAUCAAUGUCUGAGAUUGCAAAUAUUUCAAGGUUUACAGAAUUGAGUACAAGAAGCAUGACGAAUGAAUCAUCUUUUCCAGUAAAUAUCGUGAAGGAUGAAAAAGUUUGGAGGCUUUGGUUUCCCAUUGCGAAGAGAACAAUUCAAUGGUUUGCUGGUAGAGAAAACAAUUCAGAAACCUCAAAACAUGACUCAACUACUUAUAAAAAGCUUAAUGAGAAAAUGACAGAAUUAAGAGAAAGGACUUUCAUCAAACAGAUGGCGCGCAAAGUCAACAAUAUAAUCUACUCAAUUGUGCUACUUGCACAAACCCUUUUGCACAGGGUCUGUUCAGGACAUAUGACAAACUUGAACAUUCUUGCUCACGACUUUUUCUCUCACAAAAUGGCAAUCUGCUUCGAUAUGCUUGGUUCGAGCAUGGAAUACAGGAUUCAAGGCCAAAGCAAUCACACCUAUGUUGUCACUCCAAAUCAUUGGAUAUUUAGGAAGUGUGAUUCCCAAUUCUUGAAAUAG